AUGGCCACCGUUCCCGCUCUCAUAAAUCCUCCAUUUCUACCUUCAAAACCACCUAACAAACAAACGGCACUCUACUACUCCAAACCCAUCUCCACUCUCCCUUUCCCUGUCACUCACUCUUUGCCCAGCCUUCAAAGACGUCUUGUUAUCCGCAGCAGCACGGCUAGUAAUGCUUCUCUCAAGGAGGAUUUGGGUAGUUUGAAGAAGAGAGUGACUGAUUUUAUGAGCUUGAACUACUGGAUUGUGAGGGAUUAUUAUCGUUUAGUGGAGUCCGUCAAUGCUCUUGAGUCUCAAAUGCAAAAGCUCUCUGAUGAUCAGGCCUUUGCUGUGGUUCGUGAAGCUGCAAAGAGGAAACUUGGGAUGCGCCAUUUUGAUGUGCAGAUUAUUGGUGGUGCGGUGCUUCAUGAUGGAUCAAUUGCUGAGAUGAAAACAGGGGAGGGGAAAACAUUGGUUUCAACGUUAGCAGCAUAUCUCAAUGCAUUGACUGGCGAGGGUGUCCAUGUGGUAACUGUGAAUGAUUACCUGGCUCAACGUGAUGCUGAGUGGAUGGGUCGUGUUCAUCGUUUCUUGGGCCUUUCAGUUGGUCUUAUUCAGAAGGGGAUGACGGCUAAAGAGAGAAGAUCCAAUUACAGAUGUGAUAUAACUUACACCAAUAAUUCAGAACUUGGUUUUGAUUAUCUACGAGAUAACCUUGCGGGAAAGAGUGAACAACUUGUGAUGAGAUGGCCAAAGCCAUUUCAUUUUGCAAUAGUUGAUGAAGUUGAUUCAGUCCUCAUAGAUGAAGGAAGAAAUCCAUUGUUAAUAAGUGGAGAGGCUAAUAAGGAUGCUGCAAGAUAUCAAGUUGCUGCUAAAGUAGCCGAGUUACUUAUUCGAGGCCUCCAUUACACUGUGGAGCUGAAAGACAAUUCAGUGGAGUUGACAGAGGAAGGAAUAACGCUCGCUGAGAUGGUUCUUGAAACAAAAGAUCUGUGGGACGAGACUGAUCCCUGGGCUAGAUUUGUGAUGAAUGCUUUAAAAGCUAAAGAGUUCUAUCGACGAGAUGUUCAAUAUAUUAUUAGGAACGGGAAGGCUCUCAUAGUCAAUGAGUUGACAGGAAGAGUUGAAGAGAAAAGGAGAUGGUCUGACGGUAUUCACCAGGCUGUUGAGGCUAAGGAAGGUCUGAAGAUCCAGGCUGAUUCAGUUGUUGUGGCACAAAUCACAUAUCAAUCAUUGUUUAAGCUCUACCCAAAGCUGUCAGGAAUGACCGGGACUGCAAAAACUGAAGAAAAGGAGUUUUUGAAAAUGUUCCGGGUGCCAGUCAUUGAAGUGCCUACAAACCUACCAAAUAUCCGUAAAGAUUUACCCAUACAAGCUUUUGCGACUGCUCGUGGGAAAUGGGAGUAUGUUCGUCAAGAAGUCGAAUAUAUGUUCAGACAGGGCCGUCCUGUUUUAGUUGGGACCACUAGUGUUGAGAAUUCUGAAUAUCUGUCCGAUUUGCUCAAGGAGUGGAGAAUCCCCCACAAUGUUCUGAAUGCGCGGCCGAAGUAUGCUGCAAGGGAAGCUGAAAUUGUCGCCCAAGCAGGACGAAAACAUGCCAUAACCAUUUCUACAAAUAUGGCCGGCAGAGGCACUGAUAUAAUUCUGGGAGGAAAUCCCAAAAUGCUUGCAAAAGAAAUUGUGGAGGACAGGGUGCUUCCUUUUCUUACACAAGAAGCUCUUAAUGCAGAAAUUGAGAGUAUUGUCAGAGAUAAAGGUUGGAUCAACAUCAUCUGCUCUGCUAGCAAAGACAGCACUAAUGGGUUUGUGACUUUGCCUGGAAGCUUACAUUCCACUUCGUUUAAGAUACUGUAUGCUUCUGUAUUGAGGUUUGCAUUAUCAAAAUAUGUUGGAAAGAGUGAGGGUAAGAGCUGGACGUAUCAGGAGGCGAAAUCAAUGAUAUCAUACUCUGUGGAAAUGAGCCAUUCAAUGGACGCAAAAGAGCUUCAGAAGCUUGCUAAUGAGCAGUCUGAGAUGUACCCUCUUGGCCCAACUAUAUCACUUGUUUAUCUAUCAGUGCUGAAGGAUUGUGAAGUACACUGUUUCAAUGAAGGGUCUGAAGUGAAAAGGCUUGGGGGGCUCCAUGUGAUUGGAACAUCUUUGCAUGAGUCUCGGAGAAUUGAUAAUCAGCUUCGUGGAAGAGCAGGAAGGCAAGGGGAUCCUGGAUCGACCCGAUUUAUGGUCAGCUUGCAGGAUGAAAUGUUUCAAAAAUUUAAUUUGGAUACAGAGUGGGUUGUGAGACUUAUCUCAAAGAUUACUAAUGAUGAGGAUAUACCAAUUGAAGGUGAUUCAGUUGUAAAUCAGCUUUUGUCCCUGCAAAUCAAUGCGGAGAAGUACUUCUUUGGGAUAAGAAAGAGCCUGGUUGAGUUUGAUGAAGUAUUAGAGAGCCCAAGUGAAGAUAACUUAGGGUGGACAGUUGAUAUUGCUGGGUGGUACAUGCAAGCAGUGGUGGAUGAAAUUGUCUUUGGCAAUGCUGAUCCACUGAAGCACCCAAGAAGCUGGAACCUGGGUAAGCUCUUGAAUGAGUUUAUAACUAUUGGGGGAAAGCUACUAUAUGGGAUCAGCGAGGAAGCUUUUCAGAAAUCUCUUUUACAACUACAUGAAUCAAGUUCUAUUAAUAUCAAUGAUUUUUACCUUCCAAACUUGCCAAAGCCUCCAAAUGCUUUCAGAGGAAUCCGCAGGAAGAGUUCUUCAUUGAAAAGAUGGCUUGCUAUUUGUUCUGAUGAUUUGACCAAGAAUGGGAGAUAUCGAACAACAACUAAUCUUCUUCGCAAGUACCUUGGAGAUUUUUUAAUUGCUUCGUAUUUGGAUGUUUUACAAGAAUCUGGUUAUGUUGAUGCAUAUAUCAAAGAAAUUGAGAGAGCAGUUCUUCUGAAGACUCUAGACUAUUUCUGGCGGGAUCAUCUUGUAAACAUGAAUAGGCUCAGUUCAGCGGUUUGUAUGAUUUUGUUACGUGUUUCUCUUUGCCUUUCUGAUUGA